AUGCGGGACGCUUAUAACGGGUACAAGCCCCCGGACCCGAGAGACUUGGCGGACCCUACCGAGUCAAGCGAGUCAAGGGAGUCAACAGCCGAGCUGCCACUGUUCCUGUCGUUAUACCGGGACAGGGCGGUCUUAUAUCGAGACAUGAGUGGGCGGAGCCUGCACAAGCGCGGGUACCGAGAUGCUAUGCAUAAAGCGAACCCCAUGUGUGGCAGUGGCACUCUCCUCAUAGAAGCAGCUCUCAUUGCCUGCCGCAUUGCUCCCGGCUCCUUCCGCUCCUCCUCCCAACAUCCCUCCCCUUCCUCCUUCCCCUCCUCCGCUCCCUCCUCUCACCCCUCCUCCUCUCACCCCUCCUCCUCUCGCCCCUCCUCCUCUCGCCCCUCCUCCUCCUCCUCCUACUCCUCCUCCGCCUUCUCCUGGCCCUUCCACACGUGGCACGACUUUGACGCCGCCACGUGGCGCGCCGUGAUUCGCGAGGCCGAGUCGCUCCGCCGCCCCUCUCCUCCCCCGGGGGUAUCCUUCCACGGCAACGAUAUCCACGAGGGCGCGCUGGCGCUCUGCCGGCGCGACGCUGACAGGGCGGGCGUGGGCCGCUGGAUCCAGCUCAGCAGGGGCGACUGCGAGGAGUACGUGCCAGCUGUCGCGCCCUCGUUGGUCGUUGUGAACCCGCCAUGGGGCACGAGGCUGGGGGAAACAAGCGGAGAGGAGGGCCAAUGGCUGGCUGACACGUGGCACCGCCUGGGUGUGUUCCUGCGCCGGCAGUGCCGGGGAGCAGAGGCGUUUGUGCUGAGCGGUAACCCUGCUGUGACACAGAAGCUGUUUCUGAAGAUGUCGCAGCGGUGGGCUGUGACUGUGGGAGGGAUUGAAUGCCGCGUGCUUCGAUACGUCAUGCUGCCACCCGCACCAGCAGCAGCAGCAGCAGCAGCACCAGCAGCAGCACCAGCAGCAGCAGCACCAGCAUUAGCAGAAGCAGAAAAAGGAGAGCGAGAAGGGGAGAAAGAGGUGGAGUUGACAGAUGCAGAUAGGAGGGGCUAG